AUGUCCUCGUUGAAGUACUACGAAGCCUCGCCUCGGGAGGCUCUGGUUGGCGAGUAUGUCGGAAAGUCAAUCCGAGAAGUGCCUACGCCGGCGGCCAUCAUCAACGUCGCAGCGGUGCGCAGAAACUGCAGUCGCAUGCUGGGCGCUUGCAAGAGCCUCAACCUGGGCUGGCGAGCGCACGUCAAGACGCACAAGACGGUGGAGAUUACCCGCCUGCAGGUCGGCGACGACCCUUCAUUCCCGGUCAACAUUGUGAUUUCAACGCUGGCCGAGGGAGAGUUCUUGCUGGAAGCCCUGAAGGCGUACAAGGCCCAAGGUCGGCAAGUCAAUGUUCUCUACGGCCUGCCCAUCACCGCGAAUGCGGUAGAUCGUCUUGCAGCUAUUGCCAGGGUUCUCGGCGAUGGCUCAGUCUCCAUUCUUCUCGACGAUCCUGCGCAGCUCCCCGUCGCUGCCAAGCUACGCCAGGCAAGCGGCAUCGCGCCCCGUGCCUCGAUCAAGAUUGACAUGGGCGGCAAGCGUGCCGGCGUCGUCGCCGACAGCGAUCGCUUCCUCGAGGUUGCCACGGCUGCCCUGACGGCGCAUCGCGACGGCGACAUCAUCCUCUCCGGCCUCUACUCCCAUGCUGGCCAAUCCUACGGCGGCGACAGUCGCGCCGCGGCCAUCAAGAUGAUGGGCGCUGAGAUUGGCGCCAUGCUGUUGGGCGCCGACAGGAUCAGGGCGCAGGCUACCAAGCAGGGCGUGUCGGGCCUGCCCGCCCUCAUCCUCUCGGGCGGCGCGUCGCCCACCGCCCUGUCCGUCCAGAACCUACUAAGCCACGACGACAACGGCGCGCAGGCCGCAUCGACGCCGGAGCUGCAGGCCGAGGUGCAGAGCCUGACGGCGCUCUUCGAGACCGUCAAGACAGGCGGCCACGUCGUGGAGAUCCAUGCUGGCGUCUACCCGACGCUGGACCUGCAGCAGCUCGCCGCGCACAGCAUGGCCGCGUCGCGGCUGUCCUGGGGUGACAUCGCGCUGACCGUCCUCGCCGAGGUGCACAGCACGUAUCCCGGGCGCGGCGCCGGCGGCACGCCCGAGGCUCUGGUCGGCGCCGGCGGCCUAGCGCUAGGCCGCGAGUUCUGCAAGGCUUACGACGGCAUGGCCAUGGUGACGCCGUGGGGGCGACAAGCUGCGGCGGCGGCGGUGACGCAGGGAGACGUGGAGGACUUUGAGGGCUGGACGGUCGGGCGGUUCUCGCAGGAGCACGGCAUCGUGACGUGGGCGGCGGGGAAGCGCAGGGGCGAGCCGUCGGGCCCGCCGUCGGACACGCUCGAGGUCGGGCAGAAGGUGAGGCUGUGGCCCAACCACGCGUGCAUCACGAGCAGCCACUUUGGGUGGUACUUUGUGGUGGACGAGGACCGGCCGGGCAAGGAGGAUGAGAUUGUGGAUAUCUGGACAAAGGCGCGGGGCUGGUAG